GGUGCCGCCAAGGCUACCCUCUACUGCCGCGUCUUCCUGCUCGACGGGACCGAAGUGAGAGUGGACCUGCCGAAACAUGCCAAAGGCCAGGACUUGUUUGAUCAGAUCGUGUACCACUUGGACCUCGUGGAGACAGAUUACUUCGGCCUCCAGUUCCUCGAUGCCGCCCAGGUCACGCACUGGCUGGAUCAUUCCAAACCCAUAAAAAAGCAGAUGAAAAUCGGACCCGCUUAUGCUUUGCACUUUCGCGUUAAAUACUAUUCAUCAGAACCGAACAACCUUCGGGAAGAGUUUACAAGGUACCUGUUUGUUUUACAACUCAGGCAUGACAUUCUUUCAGGAAAAUUGAAAUGUCCAUAUGAAACAGCUGUGGAAUUAGCUGCUCUCUGUCUACAAGCAGAGCUUGGCGAGUGUGAGCUUCCAGAACACAGCCCGGAGCUGGUGUCUGAGUUUCGGUUUAUUCCAAAUCAGACUGAGGCCAUGGAAUUUGAUAUCUUCCAGAGAUGGAAAGAGUGCAGGGGAAAGAGCCCUGCGCAGGCGGAACUCUCCUAUCUGAACAAAGCGAAGUGGCUGGAAAUGUAUGGGGUCGACAUGCACAUUGUCAGGGGAAAAGAUGGCUGUGAAUAUUCUCUUGGACUGACGCCGACAGGCAUAUUAAUCUUUGAAGGAGCUAACAAAAUAGGCUUAUUCUUUUGGCCUAAAAUUACCAAAAUGGAUCUUAAAAAGAGCAAGUUGACGAUCGUCGUGGUGGAGGACGACGAUCAGGGCCGAGGGCAAGAGCACACGUUUGUGUUCCGGUUAGACAGCGCCAGGACCUGCAAGCACCUCUGGAAGUGCGCCAUCGAACACCACGCCUUCUUCAGGCUGCGGACGCCCGGGAACAGCAGGUCCAGCCGAUCGGAGUUCAUCAGGCUGGGAUCCCGCUUCCGGUUCAGUGGACGGACAGAGUAUCAAGCCACACAUGGGUCCAGGUUACGAAGAACCAGCACCUUUGAAAGGAAGCCCAGUAAACGCUACCCAUCCCGGAGACAUUCCACGUUCAAAGCAAGCAACCCCGUGAUUGCGGCUCAGCUCUGCUCUAAAUCAAAUCCUGAAGUCCAUAAUUACCAGCCUCAGUAUCAUCCUCAUAUCCACACCAGCCAGCCUCGGUGGCACCCUCACUCUCCAAAUACAAGCUACCCGCUCCCCUCCCCAGUGCUCAGCAGCUCCGACCGGCUGCCCUUUGGCAUUGAGGAGAACGGGGGCACACCCUUCACCACCAAAGCGCCGGGAAGGCAUCAUCACCACCACCACCAGCACCACACAAACUAUGGCCUCACCCUGACGCUGGAGAACAAAGAGGGCCCUUCGAGGUCCCCUGGCUCCAGCAAUAAGUCCCUGACGAAGCUGAGUCCAGGAGCACCUGCCCUGUUCAGUGAACCGACUGCCCAUCUGAAGAAGCUGGAACUGGAAACGGUGAAGGCUGUUGGACCCUGGCCUGCUCUGCACAUCAACAUAAACAAGGCAGAAGAAAAGAAAGUUUCAGAGAAGACUCUGCAGGCGCCUCGUUUGCCUUCCCCGAUUGCUGACCACGUCAAGUGCAACAUUUUGAAAGCUCAGCUGGAGACCGCGUCCAGAGCGAAUGCCCAGGUUGGAAAAGAAGAAUCAACGUUUAUAAAUGUCAAUAAGAAAUCCAGUCUCCAGGAUGCUAAUGUAAGAAGUCCCAUUCCUAUACGCGUGGACACUACCCAACCAACGGUGGAAAAGCCAGAAAUCAAGCCUCCCAGAGUGAGGAAGUUAACAAGACAAUACAGUUUUAACCGCAGUGAUGAAGAAGACCUGCCCCCGGACUUGGCUGAGGCUGUGGGAGUGACGACCGCAUCCACGCCCACCACGCCCACCAUCACCCCCACCCAGAUCUCCGCGCCGCUGCCGUCUCCCAAGGUCCAGAAAGUCAGCUCACCGCAGAAGCCCGAAGGCAAGGGCCAGCCAUCCCCAGGGGCCAAGAGCCCGUCUGACCGAGGAGGCGCCUUUACCUUGGAGCCAGGUGAUCUGUUGAUGGAUUUCACUGAAGCCACUCCUCUGGCAGAGCCCACCAGCGCCCCACACUGUGCCCACUCUUGCUGUUCUCCUCCUCUCGCUCUCCCCAUGAAGGAAGAGCCCACUGGAGUUUGCAUGCACCCUCCAAUCAAAACAAGGCUGAUAAAAACAUUCCCGGCUGAUACAGUGAGCCCGUUUCCUGAGCCUUUCACCACAGGGGCACCGUUUACCCCCGACUUUCGGGAGAGUAAACUGCAGUGCUGCCCUGGGCAGUCUUCACCGCUGAUUCCAGCUGCGGCCCUGAGGCCUUUGACUGAGACCGUGUCCACAGUGCAGACCAUCUACACCACCCGGAAGCCGGUGUCCCUGGCAGCCAGUGCGGAGACGCUCCGGCAGGAACUGGAGAGAGAGAAAAUGAUGAAAAGGCUGUUGAUGACCGAACUGUGAGAUUCUCCCCGAGUCGCCUGCAGGAUGGCCUGCUGCCUUCUGUCCGUCUUUGUUCUUCGGGCUGCGUGUGCUCCUCUGGCCCAACGUGCACGUGCUGCGUGCGCUGUGCGCUCAGAUCUCCAGGGACAGUGACAGCCAACUUCUGGCUUGAUUUCUAUUGGCAAAGUCGUUUUCUUGUCUCCUGAAGAUUAGAGUUUUUCUACUACUCAGUGUAGUUGAGACAGGAUUUGCUAAGUCGAGGAGUAAAAAGAUGACAAAACGGGAUUCCUUUUAGAAAAUACCUGUGUACAUAUGUUAAUAACCACAGGGGUUAAUAUGGCGCAGAAAUCCUUUGCUGUGGAUCUCACCCAUGUGAUUUUGUAUGAUUGAAACUUGCACCAAGCUUUGACUGUUUGUUAAAGAGUCAUUUUUAAUGAGAGAAAAAAACUAAUUCUUUACUGCUGAUUUUUUUCAUUUACACUGAUGAAUACAUCUGUCUUAUAAAGUCUUAACAUUCAUUUUUAUUCAGACCUGAGUAGAUGAAGUUCAAAAAGAGAAAUUGUGUAUUCCCAUAACUGAGAGUACUUCAGCUUAACCUGAAUAUAAUUUAACUUGUGAACGUAGUGGGAUAAACAGAAUUUUUCAUUAAGUCCAAAGUGGGAAGUUAUAGGCUUACAUUAUCUGAAAAUUCAUACAAGGUUAAGAUGAUUCGACCUCAAGGUGACUCACUUGGGUGUCCCAUACAGGAAAAUUACAAUAAAUGCCUCAAGUUGAUCAAUUCAUGUCCUGUUGAUAAAACCUUAGACAAAAGAAAUUUUGCUCUUUUUUAAUAUAAUUUCAAGAAAUGUGUUUUUAAAUUUUUAUUAUGCAUUUGAACAACUUUGCAGGAAAAAGGAAACUAUCCCUCCAAAUUAUUUCCCGAGCUUUCUCAAAACAGAUAUGCACAUGUUGUCACAUACUAUGAUUAGCAUGCACACACGAUUUUGUUGUGCUUCCCCACCUAACACAUCUGUCUGCCUCUCAACACAGGUCCUGCUCUCGUCAAACUUAAGUAUCUUUAUAGCCAUGUGUCAUGGUUAACCUCACUGUUGGCUAUAUGAGUUCAAUCCGAUUUUUCACUCUAACAAAUAGUGCUGCUAUGAAUGUCUUUAUAAAAAAAACACAUUUCUUCUUUUUGGAUUAUUCCUGUGAGACUAUCUCCAGAGAGGGAUUCCAAGAGCAUGGAUUAUUUUGUAGCUCUUGUUUCAUAUUGCCAGAAUGCUCUCUAGAAAGAUCCAACCUCUGGAUUGGAAGGACCUUCCAGGUCAUCUAGUUCAACCCCCAUUCCUUCUGAAUGCUUGCAUCCCCUCAGCAAUUUGUAACGGCACCAGCAAUGUAUAAGCAUUUCUAUGUACCAGUAACUCUGUCAGUACUCGGUUUUGCCAUUUUUUAAUUUAUUUUUGCUAGUGUAACAGGUGUGUACAACUGUUUUUGAGAGGUUGUUUUGUUUCCUUAAUCGCUAGCCAGGCUGAACAUGUUUCCAUGUGACCAUUUACCAGCUGUAGCUCCUUGUAUGUAAAAUGUACAUCCAUUUCUUAUGACCACUUAUUAAGUGGAACUGAUCUUGUACAUUUGUAUCAGAAUUGUAUUUUUAUGUUGUACUGUAUAGUUCACGCUCCUGUCCCUAUCCUUAAAACUGAAUGGUGCCAAUAAUUUGAUACUAAUGAUUAUAUAUAUAAAAAGUAAUGCCUCAUUUACUACUAUUGUAAAAUGAGGUACGUAUGCAGAUAUUCCGAUAACUGAAGAUUAACCCCUUUAAGUGCUGACUCUUUACAAUUUGACAAUUUUUGGCUUAUUUAGGUUGUUUUGUUUUUGUUUUAGGGUAAACUUUCUAAGAUGUGGUACACACUCCCCUGCCUUAGUAAACAAAGUAUACUGGAGAGGAUGUGACCUUUCCUUGAUGAGUCAUGGUCAUCAUUGUAAGCAUCAGCCCCUAAUGUCCCAUGCAGGGGUGCCGUGAGGUCAUCAGGAGCUAUCAAAAUGUGUCGGCCUGGCCUUUGCCUUUCGCAGUCUAGUAAUGCUCUUCUCACUGAUGGCUUUUACUGCCGUGUGUACCAUCGGUGAUGUCAUCAGGGCUACUGUAGUGUUUGGGGCUCGCUUAUCCCAAGGACAUGACCCCCAGCUGUAUUUUGAAACAGCUUUAGCUGUUCUUUCUCGUACACGCCAUGCAAAAUAUGCUCCUGUGCGACUGGUCACUCCAACAGCUUCCUCCUCUGAGCUGCCUCCUGAGGCUUCCCUCCCUCGUCUCCUGCUCUCUGAGGGAAACCUCGAGGGCGAGCCCGAAGCGUUCGUGAGGAAGCCAGGAACUCCAGUAUUCCCCACGUGCCAGGUUUGCUGCGCUUCCGAGGACGGAUGCAUGGGCUUUUGGGCUGCUGUUUUCUAGAGGUCUCAAGCCUCCUGCUUAUCACCCCCCCCCCACUCCCCCCCACCCCGGGUUCUCAAAUAUUUCAGAAGGUUGACGUCACUGGAAGUCUGACCACUGUACAAGCUGGCUGGGUUUGGUUUUUGUUUUUUUUGUAAAAACCCAGUACCUUUGGCAGCUGAAUUCUAACCAGUAAAAUUGAGAGGAUUCCAUUGUU